AUGGCCCAGGGCUCUCCGCAGCGCAAUGCGUCCCCUCAAGCUGCCUCAAAGGCACCAGCAUGGGCUCACCUCGUGGCAGGCGCCGGAGGGUUCGCCACAGCGGUCAUAACUUCCCCACUCGACGUCCUCAGAACUCGUCUCCAAUCCGACUUUUACUCUCUUCCUUCAAGUUCACAACCCUCGACCUCAACGGGCGCCUCGUCCAAACUCCGUCCACCAACGCCAGCGAACACCCGGCGCUUCCUGAGCACCUCCCUCCACCACGGCCUCUCUCCCUUCCGUUCCCUCUCUUCCAUCCUCCAAAACGAAGGCUGGCGCGGCUUCUACCGCGGCCUCGGCCCCUCCCUCGCAGGCGUCGUCCCAGGCAGCUCAAUAAAAUUCCACGUCUACGGAAACUCCAAAAUCUUCUGGGCAUGGGCACUCGGCCGCAACAACGCUCACGAACGCGACUCGACCAUCGUACAUGCCCUCUCAGCUAUGACAGCCGGUAUCACCACCGCGACAUGCACCAACCCCAUCUGGGUCGUCAAAACGCGGUUACAGCUCGACUCUGGGACGGCCAACGCCGCUGCGAGGAGAUAUAAAAACAGCUUUGACUGUGUGAGGCAGAUAUUGAGGCAGGAAGGGUUUAGAGGGUUGUAUCGGGGGUUGAGCGCGAGUUAUCUGGGGUCAAUAGAGACGGUGCUCCAUCUCGCACUGUAUGAGCAGCUCAAGCCUGUGCUUAGACGGUUCCUUGGAGACGUCAACGCCAACUCAGACUCGAGGUGGGAUACACUCAAGCUUUGGAUGAGCACCACAGGCGCUGCGGGUUCUGCCAAACUCACUGCUAGCUUGAUCACCUAUCCUCAUGAAGUUGUUCGAACCCGCCUCCGCCAAGCACCUUCAGUCAACGGUGUACCCAAAUACACGGGCCUAGUCCAAUGCUUCAAGUCCAUCUGGAAGGCUGAGCGCUUCGCUGGUCUCUAUGGAGGUCUGACACCUCACAUGGCUCGAUCCGUGCCUUCAGCCAUGAUCACCCUUGGCGUCUACGAGUUCGUCUUGAGCAGGCUUGGAUGA